CACCACUGCUGCUGCCUGCCUGCCUGGCUCAACAAACGCGCCUUUUCUUCUCCAACCGGCAUCUGCCACAAAAUAAAGGAAGAAAAGCAACCUCUUUGGCGGUGCGCGCGUGUUUUCCUUCUGGAAAGAAACAGAAUUCGAUCGCGGAAGGCUUUGCCGGAAGAAUUUGGUGCAAAGUGUGACGUUUUCCAGCGUGGCUUUCGUGAAAUUUGUCUGACUCCAGCGAAAACAGGGCCGGAAUUAUGGACGCCAUCAAGAAGAGGGGACGUCCGGGACGGAAAGCGGCCGCCGAGGUUGAAGCUCCCGCGGAGAACCACGUAGUGGAGGAAACUGGCGGGAAGAAAAAAGCUCCAGCGGCAAAGGGGAAGGCGGCGAAGGAAGUGGUGACCGCGGUGGAGGUGCCGGAGAAGAAGGCUGGCCGCAAAGGAAAGGCCCCGGCCGUCGUGGAAAGUGACCCGCUGGAGUUGGAUGCGGUGGAACCGGAACCGGUGGCGACAUCGCCAGUGGCCGCCAAGGGAAAGAAGGGACGCAAACCGGCGGCCGCCAAGGAACCGGAGCCGGAACCAGUUGAGGAAGCAGCAGCGCCCGCAGCCAAGAAGGGACGCGGCCGAAAGCCGGCGGAAAAUGGAACGAGUUCACCGGUUGUCGAGGCAGCACCCGCUCCGAAGGCCAAGGGACGAGCGGCGAGGGCCAAAGAGGUGGUAGAAGAGCCAGAGCCGGAAGUGGCGGCGCCGGCCAAGCGAGGCCGCGGAAAGGCAAAGGCCGAAGCGACGGAACCGGAGGAGGAAGUGGUGGCAUCGCCCGCCAAAAAGUCCAAACCCGCCAAGGAAACGGCCGCGGCGUCACCGAAGAAGGCAGCAUCGCCCAAGAAGCCGGUCGAGGUGGAACCGGCCAGCGAAGAGGCAGCACCCAAAGAGACCAAAGGAGGUCGGGGCCGCAAGAAGGCCGCGCCAGCACCGGUGGAAGAGAAAGCAGCUUCCCCGGCCAAAUCCCCCGCAGCAGCAGCUCCGGCCAAACGAGGACGCAAGAAGGCAACAGCCGAAUCUGAGGACAAACCGCCAGCUGCCGCUGUAAAGGUGAAGAAAGCUACCGCUAGUAAGAAAAAGGUCGACCCGAAGACGCCCGCCGCCACCGUGCAGGAGGAAGAGGACAGAGUAACGCCACCGAAAAAGGACACAGUUGAUGCACCGGUCAAUGGAGAAACGCCUAAAAUGUCCACCCAAAAACGCUCGUUGUUUCAAAAGAUAUUGCAACUGACCCAGCGCAAGAAGAAAAAGACGGACGACGGCGGAGAGGAUGGCGCUCCAAAGGCCAAAAAGACCAAGGCCGCCGCAGGACCAAAGAUGAACAAAUCGGUCACGGACUACUCCAAGCUGAGCUUUGGCCACGAGGGUGGCGAGUUUAACGUGAAGAUCUCCAGCUGGAACGUGGCCGGGCUGCGCAGCUGGGUCGAGAAGGGUUGUCUGGAGUUUUUGGAGCACGAGGCGCCGGACAUUCUGUGCCUGCAGGAGACCAAGUGCACCGAGGACCAGCUGCCGGAGGAGGCACGACACAUCAAGGGUUACCACCCGUACUGGUUGUGCAAGCCGGGCGGUUACGCGGGGGUGGCGAUCUACUCGAAGAAGAUGCCGUUCAACGUCAGUUACGGGCUCGGGGAUGCCGAGCAGGACGAAGAUGGCCGGCUGCUGACGGCGGAGUACGAAAAGUUCUACCUGGUGUGUGUGUACGUGCCGAACGCGGGCCGUAAGCUGGUCACGCUGCCGAAGCGAAUGCGCUGGGACGAAAAGUUUCACCAAUAUCUGCGCGAUCUGGACGCCAAAAAGCCCGUCAUCCUGUGCGGCGACAUGAACGUGGCCCACGCCGAGAUCGACCUGGCCAACCCCAAAACGAACAAGAAAAAUGCCGGCUUCACCCAGGAGGAACGGGACGGCAUGACAAACCUGCUUUCGCACGGCUUUGUGGACACGUUCCGGCAGCGCUACCCCGAGCAAAAGGCCGCCUACACCUUCUGGACGUACAUGGGCAAUGCGCGUGCGAAGAACGUGGGCUGGCGGUUGGAUUACUUUAUCGCCUCGGAACGGCUGGCGGGGCGUGUCGUGGACAGCGUCAUCCGGCCGGGCGUGUACGGCAGCGAUCACUGCCCGAUCACGCUGCUGUUGAAUCUUUAAGUUUUGCUAUUGUUUCUCGUUUCUUUCCUAGCUUUUGACGCUCCCCGAACGAUCGGCAUUUCGGUCUAGUUUGGUGACACUAAUUUAUACCUUAUUUCCGUAUUACCAUUAACUAUUAUAUAAUCGUAUUGAAUAAAAAAGAGUGAAGUGUAA